UAAAGAACCCCUUCCUAUGCUGAUGGUGAAAUCUCCCCCCCCCCCUUAAAUAACUUAUUCCCCUAAAGGAAUUUAGUGGAGCCAAGGAAUUUCAGUGAAGUGGAUAGUCUUGUUUAAGAACAACAGAUCGUUGCAACACGAGGCAAUUUAAUAGAAGGUUAUGGGAUGUCGUCACAGGCAAUGAAUGGGGCAGUUGAUUGGGAAUAGGGUGGGGGAGCCUGGGGGUUUGAUUGGUGCAAAGGAGAUAUAAUAAAACUGUUGACAUAACAAGAGAGUUACUCGUAGUUGAAAGACGCGUAUCACUAGUUAGUGGCUGAGAGGGGAUGAAGCUGCCGUUACUUUGCAUAUAAUGAUCAAGGAGAGAUAUGGGGGUUACUCGCAGGUCGGUUGGUUUGGACUGAACUUUAGCCCCGCCCACAGCCUUCUUCUGCCCCUGCCACCUUUUUAUAUACUGGCACAGGCCCCGCCCCUUGUGUACAGGUACAGGUAUAUAAAGAGGGAACGGGAGUUCUUGUUGAGCGGCUCAUCACUAGAGACAAGGUAACCAGCAGGUGCCUCCCCUCUGAUCAUCUCUGAAGUGCUUCCAAGGUCCUAGAGGGUCCCAAUGAUGAGGCGUGUGUUAGAGCGCCCCUGCACUCUGGCAAUGCUCAUUGGCUUCCAGUUUGCCUUCAUGGUCUACUUCUCCUUUGGUGGCCUCCGCAGCCUGACCUUUAUCUUCGGACACUCCAUUGAGCCCAGUUUUGACUAUUCUCGCACCCAUGAUGUCUACAGCAACCUCUCCCUGGUCAACUCCAUGGUGCUCCCUACUAGCACAGCAGAGGACAUCCUGCUUCCUAGAUGCCCAGAGAGGUCACCUUAUUUGGUGGGCCCCAUUACCGUCACCUUCAGCCAAACCCCCUCCCUUAAAAAGGUUCAAGAUAAGAACCCCCUGGUGAUAAAAGGUGGGGAGUACAAGCCCCCGAACUGUGAGGCCCGGCACCGCACGGCCGUCAUCAUCCCUCACCGGAACCGAGAGACUCACCUGAGGCACCUGCUCUAUUACCUGCACCCCUUCCUGCAGCGCCAGCAGCUCCACUACAGGAUCUACAUCAUCCAUCAGGCGGGUAACUCCACGUUUAAUCGGGCCAAGCUGCUGAAUGUUGGGGUGAAGGAAGCUCUGCGGGACGAGGACUGGGACUGUCUGUUUCUCCAUGAUGUAGAUCUGAUACCUGAGAAUGACUUCAACUUGUAUGUGUGUGACCCCUGGAGCCCCAAACACGCCUCUGUAGCCAUGAACAAAUUCAGUUACAACCUGCCAUACCCUAUGUAUUUUGGGGGAGUCUCUGCCUUGACCCCAGACCAGUAUAUGAAGAUGAAUGGAUUUCCUAAUGAGUAUUGGGGAUGGGGAGGUGAAGAUGAUGAUAUUGCCACCAGGGUCCGUCUGGCCGGUAUGAAAAUCACCCGCCCGUCCGUUGCCGUGGGCCACUAUAAGAUGGUCAAGCACAAGGGAGACCAUGGCAACGAGGAGAAUCCACACAGGUUUGACCUUCUUAUCAGGACCCAGAGAAUGUGGAAGACAGACGGCAUGAACUCGCUGAACUACAAGCUGCUGGCCAGAGAGCUGGAACAUCUCUACACCAACGUGACUGUGGAUAUAGGGGUGGACCCCAGGGCAAAGAAACCCCUCAGAAAUCGGGGUCCAACCCCUCCACCGAUCCGUCGCUAUGUCAACAAGACGAGCAGCACCUCAGUUGACAGUCAAAUAAGAAACCAGGCGGAUAAACUAACCAAUGUGUCGGAAAUAAAUGGGGUGGAGCCAUCUGCAGAAAAUAAGGGCCCCGUUGUGGCCCCGGAGUCAACAACAACUGAAAAAUUGUCCCUGCCCAUUGCAAGUGCCCCACCCAGAGAAAGAGUGGAGGACAAGCAGAUAAGAGUGAUUCGGAGUACAGAAGAUAAUAAUAAUAAGGCUCAGGUAAAAGAAGUGCAAGCUGACGUGGCAAGGAGGGGUAGGGCGCAGCGCAGCAGCAAGCUGGAGAGGCAAGUGGACUCGUUUCGAGCAAAACCUCAGGACGAUGUAGGAAAGUCUUUGCCACAAAGUGAUCUUAGCAGAGCUCCCGUCUAAACCAAUCGGAUGGGGCCCCUCGUAAUGCUUCUGAUUGGUUACUGCGGGGCGGGACUCGGAUGCUUCUACCUGCGUGUGCCGAUUUUUGUUUCGUUGCACCAGUGAGACCUCAGUGUCUUAUGGAAAAUGAUGGGAUGUUGUUUCUGUUAUGGGCUCGUAGCAACCAGCGACCAGCGACUCCUUAGCUUUCAAGCUGUUGGUUAUGGCCGAGCAGAUUCCUACAGCCUCUUGCAUUUGGAUUUUCGGGGAUGACUAGGGAUCGUGACCAGCCUUCUCCCAAACAUUCAUCCCGGACACCGGAAAUUUAUUAAAUUAGGAAUCUUCCACCUCUAAUAUAAGCCCAGGGGGACCAGCAAUGGCCGAAGACUGACAGUUGGGGAUCUCCAAGGCAACAAUAAUCCAAAAAACUAAUGUAAACCAUUUGAAGGCCUCAGGGGAAGCUUUACUGGGAAUGGGACCUCCCUGUACCCAAACCAGUGUCACAACUGGGGUGUCCCCUAAAUAACAGGAGCCUCAGUGAUGGGACGGGGGGGAUACAGGAUCCACUGUGAAUAUAGAACUGAUCAAUCAAGCGACACUGCCUUGUAAAAAUCUGUACGGGCAGCAGCCGACCUCUCCACAUCCGCAGUAGACAAGGUUGUGCAUAGAAAUGAUGGGUAUAUUUUUUAAAGGGUAAGUUAACGUUCGGUGCUGUGCACUGACCACUAUUACAGAACGAUUAUCUCCUCCCCCAUCAGGGGAAAUAAUCUUCUGUCCCACACCAAACAUUUUCGGUGUUGUUCUUGCAGGAAAACGUUUUUUUGACAAGUACGAGUGCGCCAGUAUUUAUUUAGCGGAAAUUUAAAUAAAAAAAGUGUUUUAAUCCGGACCCCUUCAGGACGGCCCUUGUGAGUAGAACUCGGCUGGACCCUCUGUACGGGGGAAGGGGCCAUGAUGUAUUUGCUUAAAUUAUGUCCAACCACAAAUCUGCCUCUUUAUUUAACAGGUUUUAUGAUUAAUUUAUUUCAGAUAUAAAUAUAUAUAUAUGUGUGUGUAUAUAUGACACUGUAAUUCACCAUGUGCUGGAAGUGAUUUCAUUCAGAUUAAAGUAAAUAAAAUAAAAUGCUCUUUUUUAAACAUA